AUUUCUCUUCGUGACUAUGACGGUGCCGGCGGUGCUGACAGGACGCCCAGAACCGCAGUGGAGGGACAGCGAUGCCAUUAAAGUAAACAAAGAUCCUUCACUGAAACGCGUCUUGCUCUCGAACUCGUCUCCAAGGGUUAUAAUGACGAAGAAUGCCAUACUCCACUUCGGUCCAAAUUCUGAAGACUGGAGUAACUUAAUAAAUUCUUUAAACUCCACCUCCGAUGUCCAGAGGGACCCAAGGCGAGGAUUCGAAGCCACAGAGAGCGGAUCUUAGACAGGAUGAAAAUAGAUUCGACAGAAGCUAAAUUGGACACUAAUUCUACACUAAAGUUCC